ACCUUCGAGCAUUAAACAUCUCAAUAUUGGCGACGACGGGAUUUUUUUUUCUGUACCGCGUGUGUGAAGAAUGAGUGUAGAACGUGCGGAGCAAGGUGGUGCGGUGCCACGGACGGCACGCGAGGCCCCCAUAGGAGGGCCUGGAGGAUCGUUUUUUGGGACGAUUGAGCCUUUCGUACCAGAGGAAGGGAAUGAUUUUGAGGACUAUUUGGAGCGUAUGGAUCAUCUGUUGGCGUUUAAUGGCGUCGCGGAAGAUUCUAAGAAAUGUUCGGCGUUCAUUUUCUUUGUGGGAAAUGCAUGCGUGAAAAAGCUAAAAGCAGCAAUUCAGCCAGAUCCUGUGACCAGUUUGACGUACAAACAAAUGAAAGACAUCCUGAAGGAGAAGUUUAUGCCAAAGAAGAGUGUCACGGCGGAGCGUUUUAAAUUCUAUGGGAGAAAACAGGAAGAAGGUGAAUCGAUCACGGACUACGUGAGUGAAUUGCAACUUUUGGCAAGUUCGUACACAACACCACGCCCACGACGGAGCAUGGUCUCUCUCCUUUGCAGAGACUUCUCCAAUAUUCACCACGGACGCUCUUACACGUCCUAAAUCCCAACACGAAGGAAGUCCCAGUGAGACACCGGAAGCUUAAGGAAGUUCCAGAAAAUGCGGGGGGAAGUGAGGGGAGAAAUGCGCCAUCGAAGAAGCCAUUCAUGAAGGGUGAUCAGGUGCUAUACUACACAGGAGAAGAAUGGAGAAGAGGAUGUGUUGUAAAGAGAAUUUCAAAAGUCGUGUAUAUGAUAAAUGUGGAGGGUGCUACGAUCAAGUGCCAUCGGGAUCAGUUGAAGAAAUAUCAUCGACGCUGGAUUAUUCCCGAUGUUCCCGAUAGGAAUGAUGAAGUCAAUGAGAAUACUUCGGAACAUUCCAGUGAAGACGAUGUUUUCUACAGCCCAAUGAAAUCUACCCCUGAGGUACCUCUACCGCGACGAAGCGCAAGGCUCCGCGAUAAACCAAGGAUAAACUAUAAAGAAUGAAAUAUUUUGUCAAAAUGAAUUAAACCCUAAAAGGGGAGAAAAUGUAACAUACUUGUAACAUGAAACAUAGUUGAAAUAAAUCAGUUCACGUUCAA